CCAAUGUGUUUAAAAGAAUUUAACAGAAAGACAAGGGAUUUGUUGUUACGUAAGUUCAAAAUAAGGCAGUCUGUCGUAUAAAUAGGCCUAAGCCAGUGUACAGCGAAGUGCGUCAUUCUUAAGUUAAGGAUGUGGUGCUAGCAUGGCGUGCAGUUGGAGUGGUAGUAAUAGCGACACAUUUUGUCACACAAAAUGUAUUUCGGUCGCCAGAAAGUGACAAGUGCGGAUGAUUCCGUAGCUAUAUGUUGGCCUUAUCAGGCCAUAGUCUCCGGUCUAAUAAGGUGAUGAGCCAUAUAAUAACACUGACAACGUCACUUUCCCUCAAGAGAGUAGUCACUGAAUCUGACUGUUCUGAAAGGAGAUAAGAACACAGCAAGAAUGGGCACAAAAAGCUCCGUCAAGGAGUUGUGAAGACCAUUGCCUUCCAAAUAUUGGAGAGAAGAUGUCUCCUUGCAUAGAUCCAUUCUUGCGCAAAUAAUGGACCUGCUAAUGGACAGCGUGACAUCACAGGUGCAGUUGUGCGUGUGCAUGAACCUGCAGACCAGAUCAGAGCAGCCCCCGCAUGUUUGAGGAAAAGCAUGCACUUUAAAAUGUUUUAAAGGUGUAUUUUUCAAUUGGACGGCAAACAAUUUCCAUACAUUUCAGAGAAACAGAAAGUCGCAGGAACAUGUUCCCAAAUAAAACUCUUUUCGCUGACUUGCUUAAGUUUUUGGGUUUCUAUACACGCGGGUAUCGAUUCUCUUUUUGAUAUUGUCGUCGACUCCAACUGGCUUCGUUCCCCCAACCAGCCAACUUGUUUUGGCUUCUUGACGGAGUUAUAACAUCAAGUCCCCCGGGGACGUUAGCGGAUGAUAACGAAUCGAGCCGGCGAACCGUGUGCAUCUCUCUGCCUGCGAAGUGCUCUCAGCCCCUUGCUAUCCAGUGUACGGCCAUCUUUUCUCGUGUCCAAUUUCCAAUUCACACGGCACGGUGCCCGAGCCUGUACGAAUGCAAUGCGAGCGGAAUACGACACUGCGGGAGCUUGGAGCCAGUUCAGUGGAAAACGCAUGGUGGACUAAAAGACUGUUUUCCCCCCAAAAGAUCGUGUGUUCCAUCCCUAAGUGUGACACCAAGAUAGCCUCUGUCGAUUUGUCGCCGUGCGGGCAACUCCCCACUCUCCUGUCUGGCAUGGGGACGAGUCGAGCUCUUCAGCCGGGAAGUUGGUUUCCAUUGAUCUGUGUGUUUUGUUUGAUAGCACGCUGCCAGGUGACCUGUUUACCAUAUAUCCAAAUAGGUGCGAUCUUUGCUGACAACCCAAAUGCCUCCUUCUUGGGUUUUAAGCGGGCCAUUUUCUAUCAGAAUGGCCUCAACGACUCCUUCCAGUUUGCUUGCCUGGUCAAAUCUGUCAGUAGUUCAAACAGUUUCGAAAUGGCGCAAAAAGUAUGUAGCCUGUUCAGCAUUGGAAAGGGAGCUCUUCUGAUCAGUGCAGAUGUGGAACCUCCGCUGAUCGGUACGGCGGCGUCCUAUAGCGGCACCUUUCAGAUGCCCAUCAUUAUCCCAUCACUUUCCAAACGGGACCUGGGAUACCAAACCAAGGAUCCAAGCACGAAGUACCUGGUGUCUCUGAUGCCGUCGCUGGUUCCCGUCCUGUUUGAUGUCAUACAGUUCCGACAGUGGACUCGAUUUGCAUUUAUUUAUGACAGUGACAAAGGGUUACUUCGACUUCACGCCCUCAUGGAGAAGUUGUCCUUUCGUAAAUUUGAUGUUGCGUUCCGUAAAGCUGAGGGCGAAGUUUCCAUGAUUCAAAUCCUCAGGGAAUUUAGGGACAGUGAUUAUCACCGGAUAAUCUGCGAUACGAACGUGGCGAACACAAGGUUACUGAUGGAGAAGAUCCCACUUCUUGGUAUGUUGACGUCGUCCUAUCACUACAUCUUUCUGGAUCUUGAUAUUGGUAAAGUCAAUCUGGAGAAGUUUCAGCUUGGUGGCAUGAACAUCACAGGGUUUAGCAUCGUCAAUGAAACGUCACAGAGAUUCCAGCUUCUUAAAACCUAUUACGAAGAACUGCGAAGGAACAACAUGUCCAUUACUCGUAACAUGGAGUACGUAAGCUACAGGUCAGCGUUGAUGAUGGAUCUAGUUAACGUCAUGGCCAAGACGAUGUACAUACUAAUCAGAGACAACAAGUUCAAGCUGUUCAAAGAUAGAGGUCAACGGAGUUGUGGCAGCGACGGCUCCCGACACUGGGGAAUUGACAAAACUGUUUUGAAAUCCCUGAAAACGGUGUCAUUUGACGGGGCUUCAGGACCUGUUUCAUUCGACAGCUUCGGUGAGCGGUCCAACUAUGUAGUCCGUAUACUCAACCUCUUUUCAAACGGAAUGCGAGAGGUUGGAACCUGGCAGUCGGAUGCCAAGACUCGGCUUAAGUUUAGCGCGGGCGCCUACGGGGACGGAACGGACCGGGUUGACUUCAAUAAUAAGACCAUCAUCGUCACCUCUAUUCUCGAGGAACCAUACAUGAUGCGCAAGGAGCCCCGUCAUCUCUACUCCGGCAACGACCGCUUCCACGGUUACGCAAUCGACCUCCUGGAGGAAAUCGUUAAAAAGUUCCCCUUCAAAUACAGGAUCCAGCUGGUCCGAGACAACACGUACGGUAUCCUCGUUAAUAACACAUGGAACGGAAUGGUGGGCGAGCUUGUCCGGGGUGAGGCAGACAUUGCAGUAGCACCGCUCACCAUCAUAUCGGACCGAGAGAGAGUCAUAGACUUCACCAAACCCUUCAUGAGCCUUGGCAUUAGCAUCAUGAUCAAGAAACCACACACGACCAAGCCUGACGUCUUCUCCUUCAUGCAUCCGCUGUCCUACGAGAUCUGGAUGUGCAUCGUGCUUGCCUAUGCAGGUGUCAGCGUGGUCCUGUUCCUCGUCAGUCGGUUCAGCCCCAAAGAGUGGUACCCCGUCGAAUACACCCGUGUCCCGACGGACGAGACUAACGGGGCCAGCCCAUCCCAGGGGCAAACCACCAACGAUUUCAGCAUCACCAACAGCCUCUGGUUCUCCUUCGGUGCUCUGAUGCAGCAAGGAAGCGACAUCUCGCCCAGGUCUUUGUCCGGUCGGAUCGUUGGGGGCGUGUGGUGGUUCUUCACUCUCAUCAUCAUUUCGUCCUACACGGCCAACCUGGCCGCCUUCCUGACCGUGGAACGCAUGGUGACGGACAUCCAGUCAGCUCAAGACCUGGUGAACAGCAAGGAUGUAUCUUACGGCAUGGUGGGGGCAGGCUCGACCGAAGAGUUCUUUAGGCAAUCCAACAUCCCAUUGUAUGUGGAUAUGUGGAACUACAUGAACAGCACGGAGCGUUCCGUCUUGGUGACGAGCAACGAGCAGGGCGUAGAGCGAGUGCGUCACAUGAACGGCAAGUUCGCCUUCCUGGUGGAGUCCACGCUGAACGAAUACUUCAGCCAGCAGAAACCCUGCGACACCAUGAAGGUUGGCCAGAACCUGGACUCCAAGAGCUACGGCAUCGGAGUCUCGCGGAAUUUCACCACUUUCAGGGAUGAUCUCACACUGGCUGUUCUGCAGCUACGGGAGGAAGGCGUUCUGGACGCCCUUAAGAAACGAUGGUGGUUUGACAAGGGACAGUGCCACGAGGCCAACUCGGAUUCCGGCUCCAACGCCUUGACCCUAAGCAACGUGGCCGGUGUGUUCUAUAUCCUCGUGGGAGGUUUAGCGCUGGCUCUCUUGUCGGCAAUUGUGGAGUUCUACUGUAAAUCACGGUCGCAGUCUCGUAAACAAAAGACGAGCCUAGCUGCUGCCAUGCGCGCCAAGGUGCGUCUGUCUGUGACGGGAGAGAAUGCCGACUUAGCUAGCCAGCUGCAUCCGAAGGCCAACACGUCAGCACCAAGCACUGAGACGGAGGCAAGGCUUGUUCAACAAUGAUCAGUGAAUCCGACAACUCCAGUAGACAAGCCAAAAGUCCCACCAAAGGACGGUAGCCAGACGGAGGUGUAGAAACCGAGAUGGCGUCCUUCUAGUUUCCGUGGGAGAGUGUGAAUAAAUAAAAGGUUGCUCUUAAUAAUAAUAACUAAUAAUAUUGAAAUCACCCUCUUCGUAGUUGCUUGUCUAAGAACCAACCCUACACUGAGCUAAGUUUUUCUGCAAAGAAGCAAAAUGCUCACUACAAGAAAACUCAUUCAAAUGUAAAUUUGUUCUAUUUUGUAAAUAAAUAGCUAGGAUUGUUACGAAAGAAUCUACAAAUUUUGCUGUCAUUUUAAAAAGUGUGUCUCUGUUGUUAUGUAGCUUUUCAUUUCCUUGGCAUGAAAGCAGCAUAUUCCUUCAAACUGUAUACGGUAUUGCAUGAGUAAAAGUUACAUAACAACAGAGACAUGCAAUGCAAUACCAUAUACAGUUUGAAAGAAUAUGCUACUUUCAUGCCAAGGAAAUGUUACCUUGAAAUUAUAAAGUUAUAUUUAACCGUAAAGCUGUUUAGAUAAGACUUGAAGCUAUGAAUCGUGGAAGUACUGUAAAUUAGGUAUAAAGGCUUGCGGUUGCACCAUGUACAAGGAGGAAUCUCUUCUAUGAGCGUGUGGUUCUGAGCAGAGCCGAUGGUGAACUCUCGACGUUCCGAACAGUAUGCUCUGUUCGUCUUCAGGUCACCCUGUUCGUCUUCAGUAAAGCUUUUUAUUUCAAAUUUGAUAAAGCGGUAGGUUCGGUAGGUUCAUAUAGGUUCAGCCGUUUUACAUUUGUACAUAUCAGUGAUAAUCUCAUAAAAACUAAUUCAUCGAGCGAGUACACAAAUCAAUAGACCGAUUGCGCCCUCUCAGUCAUGUGACCUAGAGUGGUACUCACCAUCAAGAAACACGGCGUCUAUCAAGAGCAAAGUAAAUCAAAGCCGGUAAGUUCCGUAGACUACUGUGUGCUUCGUACUAUACUGUAACUUGGCUGUACUGUUUGUAAUCAACACUCAAAACACACGUUGCUUUGGGGUUGAUACCCACUAUAGGUCACGUUAUUUAGCGGGCGCAAUGUCGCUCUAUUGCUGCACAAACCCAUUAAGGGAUGUAAGCGAGCGUUGAUGGUAUCGCGGUAAAACAGUUGCUUUCCAAUCAAGUGACUGGGGUUCAAGCCUUUCCUUCCGGUGAAAUGUCAUUGUAAUUUUGCUUCACGUGUUAACAUAUACUCGUUUGAUUUACAGAAUGUAUUCAAAUUGACACUAAAGUGUGUCGAGGUUUACGUUGUAUGGAUACAUUUACCAGGAUCAAAUGUACGUAGUGUAUUCGUAAGUUGAUCUCCAUGUUCGUGCAAACGUCCUAGUUGUGAAAUUUCCAUAACUGUAUUAGGUACAUAUACUGUAUUCGCUUUUUUCAUGUGGUAAAUGUUAAAGACAGAAAAGGUAAACAGGCAUGUUGCAUAUUAGGAGAUAUUUCAACUCUACUAGCUUCCAUGCUGCUCCCAAUUCUGUCCCACUGAUUUGAGCGUAGGAUUAUUUCAGAAAUCAAGGGAAAAUGCUUUGUCGAGAGCAAGUGUGACACGACAAGUAGUGCAGAUUGUAAAUAAACAACAAAACGUCUUCUCCAAGGUUUGAAGGCUUGAAUAUGAACUCCAAACGUACGGUGCACCUUCUGCGAAUUGGUUUAAAUUAAGAAAAUACUGGAGGAAAAACUUUCUUCUCUACAUUAUGAGCCUGUAGACCCGCUUCUGUAGGUCCUUCUAUUUCAUCCAAAUAUGAUUGAUGUGGCACGUUGGCCAGCAUUGCUUUUCCAACGUGGUUAGUAGAGUUUCAUGUGAUUAAAUUCUUUGGAAGGUUUCUCAUUUUCAUUUUAUAGAGCAUGUAAUUUAGCCAUAAAUCAGCGUGUGCAGCGUUUUUACCAGGACACAAUAUUCUCCUGGAUAUAUUCCCCUUUUCCAAUACACCCCGUGGAAACCCGUGCUUACAAAGAAAAAAAAGAGUGGGAAUAUUCUAAUUCAGAAUUCGGUGUUCUCACUGAUGUAUUGCCCUGACAAACCAACUGCGUGUAUUCAUUGUUUUAAGCUAAAAGUCGGGAUACUUUGGCAACUGUCUUUCGUGUCGGAUAGACGAAGAUGUAAGGCUUCGCGGGCAUGUUCUCCUUACAAAAUCCAGCACGUGGGAAAAAAAUCAAUUCUUUAGAUUUAAUGAAUGUCUUUCUGUUAUUCCACGUUGAGUGGCGCCCUCUCUUCAAAACACUUGGCGCGCCUAUUUCAUCAAGCCCUUUUCCCUCCAGAAUCCCUCCCCCCCACCACCACCACAGCAUACGACGCAAUCGCUACACAGGGCUACCGAAAAACUACCAAGAUAAACCACGCGGGGAAUGUGGUUUUUGAGGAGUCAAUCUGCCUUUCCUAUUAGAGACAAUAACUAUGAGGCUGAGGUUUAAGUUUUUAACUCUUCACACAUACAAUAAAUCAUGUAGGGAUAUUAACUGUGAAAGAAUAUCGUACAACCAAAGCAGACUUGAAGUUUGUAACCAUGCUUUUAGUAUUGUAAUAAAGUCAGGUGACAAAAGAAAAAAGGAA